UUGUAAAUUAUACACAAAUAUAACAACAAAAUGCCUCCCGUCAAAGUUCCGAAGAAGGCACUCAAAUCCAUGGAGCCAGGAGGCGGCCUGAUCCCUAAAAAGAAGAAAGACAGCAAGAAGAUGGCAAGAAAGAACUACGACAGCUUCUCAAUAUACCUCUUCAAAGUGUUAAAAUCGUGUACAGAAAUCAACGUCGGUAUCUCAAGAAAAAGCAUCCUAAUCAUGAACAAUUUCGUCAACGAUAUCUUGGAACAAAUCGCUUGUGAAGCUGGAAGGUUAAUAGCACACGGAAAGAAGACUACGUUAGGCGAGAACGAAAUAAGAACGGCCACAAAACUACUCAUUCCUGGCGAGCUGGGAAAGCACGCGUUGCUGGAGGGGGAGAAAGCGCUCCGGAAUUACAAGAACAACUCGAACAGCCAGAGUUAUUAAUUUUAGUUAAUGUGUAAAAUCGAUAUUUAAAGGUUGAUUAUUUUUAUUUGCCAUUGUUGACAUGAAUGGCCCUUUUUAGGGCCGCAA